UGGGUCUUUUCCAGAGAACUUUACCUUUAAAACAAAAGACCCAAAGAAGAAGCUGACAAUCUCAUACCCAUGUGUUAUGCUUAAUGUCGAUGUGGCAAGAAACAACACUAACGAUCAAUACCAGACUCUGAAAGAUCCUAUAACUAGGACCUAUACAACGCACAGUGAAUGCUCAAUUGAGUUUGAAGUUGAUGGACCCUAUAAGGCUAUGAUUCUUCCUGCUUCCAAGGAAGAAGGAAUCUUGAUAAAGAAGCGUUAUGCAGUUUUUAAUGAUGAUGGGACCCUGGCAGAGCUGAAAGGUUUUGAGAUUAAACGGCGUGGAGAGCUAAAGCUCAUCAAAGUUUUCCAGGCUGAACUUUUUGAUAAAUUUCUGCAUGGGUGCACCUUAGAGGAGUGCUAUUCAGCUGUUGCUUCUGUUGCAAAUCGAUGGCUUGAUCUUCUCGAUAAUCAAGGAAAAGACAUUGCAGACAGUGAACUGGUUGAUUACAUAUCAGAAUCAAGCACAAUGAGCAAGUCCUUAGCAGACUACGGUGAACAAAAGUCUUGCGCUGUUACCACAGCAAAGCGACUAGCUGAUUUUUUGGGGGAUACAAUGGUUAAAGACAAAGGAUUACGUUGUCAAUAUAUUGUUGCAUGCGAACCAAAGGGAACCCCUGUAAGUGAGCGUGCUGUGCCAGUUGCCAUAUUUGAAACUGAACCUGAGAUUAUGAAGUUUUAUGUAAGGAAGUGGUGCAAGAUUUCAUCAGAUGGUGGCAUACGUUCCAUUAUUGAUUGGUCCUAUUACAAGCAGCGUCUGAGUUCAGCUAUCCAGAAAACAAUUACCAUUCCGGCUGCAAUGCAGAAGGUGGCCAAUCCUGUCCCAAGGGUAAUUCAUCCCGACUGGCUCCAUAAGAAGGUUCGUGAGAAGGACGACAAAUAUCGCCAGAGGAAAUUGGUUGAUAUCUUUGGUUCCCUGAGUAAAAAUAAUGGUUUAAAAGGAAGUAGUGAUGUUAUCAGUAACAAACAGGGAGUUGAUGAACAAAAUGCUGCAGAUCUGGAGGAUUUUGGGAAAAUUAGUAGGACUUUUCGAGUUGGACCUAGACCUGUUGUUCAUUGUUUUGAUGCCAAUGAAGUGCAGCAAUUAUCUAAAACAAGCUCUGAAUUGGAUUGUCCCCCACAACAAAGUAUUCGUGAUGGAGGCACUCCAAAACUAUGGACAUCUCCACAAGAAGCUGCUAUUUCUAAGGAAAGUAUUGACAGGAAUGUAGAUUAUAGAGGAUGGCUAGAAUUAAAGAAAAGAAAAUGGAGGGAGACACGGGAGAAAAGGAAGCGCCAGAGGUUGGACGCUGCAAGGAAAUCUAAUAAACAGAAUGGUAUUGAUGUACUUCCCGGUUUCAUGUUCAAAUAUGGAAAAGCUAAAAGCCGAGUUGGGGUUAAUUCUUAUUUUGAGAAUCAUCAGAUGGCACUCACCCGCAGCCAUUGGCAGAUAAUCCAGCUCAUACCAAGUCCACAGCAUGGACAUUUUUUUGCCUGGGUAGUGAUAGAAGGAGUCAUGCGUAAGAUUCCUAUUACUGUUCCUAGGGUAUUUUUCCUCAACUCUAAAGAUCCAGUAACAGAAGAAUUUCCUGGAAGGCGUGUGAAUAAAGUUCUACCACAUGGGCAUACUAGCUACAAUUUAAUCGAGGUCAUAAUUGAAGAAGAACAGUUCAAGGAAGAAAGCAAGAAGCUUGCAGCUCACCUUGCAGAUCCUGAAGUGGAGGGAAUAUAUGAAACAAAUGUGCCUUUGGAGUUUAACGCUAUCCUUCAGCUUGGCUGUGUCUGUAAAGUAGAUAAGAAAGCCAAAAGGCGAAAUGGUCAAGAUAGCUGGAGUAUGAGUGAACUGCACAUGAAAACAACAACUGAGUGCUCAUAUCUAGAACAAUCACUGUCUUUCUUCUACUUGUAUCACAGUAUUUCUGAGGCAAGAGCAAUAUACGUUGGGUAUUUUCCUGCAUCUAGAUUAAUAUCAGUACUGGUGGUUAAUCCCUUUCAGAACAAAGAACUAUCACCUCAAAUUCUUGAAAAACUAUUUCGAGAAGCUUGCCAGGCAUUAUCUUUUCAACACCCUAACUCAGCAGAAAGAAUGAGUUUCAAGGUAGAGUAUGUUGGACAUGUCAAGGAUGCUGAGAAGAACAUGCAAAGAAUGAUAAAUGACUACAGAGAUCGAUAUCCUGGGCCUGUAAUUGCUGUGAUUGAGUGCCCAAAUUCUGAUUUGCUGAAGUCUAAUAUACAAGCAUUAGAUGAUUUUCCUUGUGUGAACAUUCCUUCCAAUGCUCGUGAUAGUCAAUAUCAGGCUCUUGGGUGGCAAAUUGUUGCUGCAAAAAUUGGGAUGCAUCGAUGUGCAGCAUCUUCUCAGUGGUUGAAAGAGAGAAUCACUCUUUCACGUUAUGCUCAUGUACCACUUGGAAACUUGGAAGUGGAUUGGCUCCUACAUACAGCAGAUAUCUUCUUCUCAAGAGCUUUACGUGAUCAGCAACAGGUUCUUUGGAUAUCUGAUAACGGCAUCCCAGACCUUGGAGGCGUGAAUGAAGAAAUGUCAAGCUUCAUUGAUGAAGUGAAUCAACCAAUUCUCAACUACCCUGGCGCGUAUAGGAAAGUUUCUGUGGAGCUUAAGAUUCAUCACCUGGCUGUUAAUGCUCUUCUGAAGAGCAACCAGAUAAAUGAAAUAGAAGGAGGUACUCUGUUUGGACUGGACCAAGACCUGAAUCCUGCUACUAAAUUUCCAGAUGAGCAAUAUUGCUUUGAUGAGGUGACUUCAUGUGCACCUGCAUUUCGUGUCCUCAAACAGUUGAUUCAAAGAUGUCUGGCAGAUGCAGUUACAUCUGGAAAUGUAUUUGCUGAUGCAAUGCUGCAACAUUUAUACAGAUGGCUUUGCAGCCCAAAGUCUAAACUACAUGACCCAGCUAUCUAUCGCAUGCUACAUAAGGUAAUCACUGAGACUUAUUUGCAGUGGAUAGAGUUUGGCCUUUGCAGUUCUGGCACUCCUUCCUAUUUCAUGGAUCAGGGAACAAAGUUUUUUCAUAUUAGUCUUCUUAGAGAGGAGUUUCAAGUUGAGAACCAUCGUGAAUUCACUGCUUGCUGA